CGAAAUAUUAACACAAGCCGACGGGAAGGUGCGACCUCUUUGACCGCGGACGCUCCCUCGCGUCGCUUUCUGAGCCACCCGAGAAGGAUACCCACCCUGUUCUCUUCUCCCGGUCUCUCUCUCGCUUGCCUUCCGCUCGAAUUGAGCUCCUGAAUUUGUUCGUCACUGCAGGAUCCUUGCAAGAAAAAGAUCCCCUCUUUGUCGAUUCAGACGUGGAAUCCCAUAAACCUUCUAAGGAGAUUCGAUUAUUGUUUUCUUUUUCUUGGUACAGGAAGAGAGUAGUUGAAAUUUCAUUUGUUAUCUUUUCGGUGCUGGGUUGGUGGUGGAAGGGAGAAGACCGGAAGAGGUCAAAAUUCCACGGCCCCGCUUUUCUUGGGCUCCAAAGUCGGUGAUAUCAUCAAGAAAUAAAAAACGAGUAAAAGUUCGGAUUUUUAUAUUUCGAUCCAGUUGUUGAGGCGGCUGCUCUGUGUUGCGUUUGGUGGGAGGGAGGGAGGUGGCGAAAUCUUCCGUCUUCAUCUCCCUUAUUAGGUGAGCCGAUCUUGCUGUCCUGGGAUUUAGGGCUUUCUUGAGUCUCGCCUGUGCCCGUCUCGUAGGUGUGUGGUAGGCGCUAUUGUUGGAGGAGAGGCGGAAUGGGGACUUAUCCCAAGCUCUCAAAGAGAGCACUUGAGACGGAGACGCCCGUCAUGAUCCAGAUUCAAGAAUUGAUGCGUGGAGCCAAGGAUGCGGUUUCACUAGCUCAGGGGGUUGUUUAUUGGCAGCCACCAGAACAAGCUUUAGAGAAGAUCAAAGAACUUGUGUGGGACCCUUCAACUAGUCGUUAUGGUGCUGAUGAGGGUUUGCCAGAAUUACGGCAGGCUUUGGUUGAGAAGUUACGAAGGGAGAAUAAUCUGAAUAAAUCUUCGGUUAUGGUCACAGCUGGAGCAAAUCAGGCUUUUGUAAACAUUGUCCUUACUUUGUGUGAUCCUGGGGAUUCUGUUGUGAUGUUUGCACCAUAUUACUUCAAUGCAUACAUGUCAUUUCAGAUGACCGGUGUUACCGACAUAUUAGUCGGACCAAGUGAUCCGAAAACUCUUCACCCGGAUGUAGUUUGGUUAGAAGAGACUCUAUCACAAAAUCCAGUUCCCAAGCUGGUUACAGUUGUAAAUCCGGGAAACCCAUCAGGGGCCUUCAUCCCGGAGCUUGUUCUGCAGAAAAUAUCGGAUCUCUGUAAAAGAGCUGGUGCAUGGCUUGUUGUAGACAAUACAUAUGAGUACUUUAUGUAUGAUGGACUGAAGCAUUUUUGUAUUGAGGAUAGUCACAUCGUCAAUUUGUUCUCCUUCUCCAAAGUCUAUGGAAUGAUGGGAUGGCGUGUUGGAUACAUAGCAUAUCCAGAAGCAGUCGAUGGUUUUGGAGCUCAGCUUCUCAAAGUCCAGGACAACAUACCCAUCUGUGCUUCUAUUAUUGGGCAGCGUCUGGCUCUCUACUCCUUAGAGGUCGGGCCUGAAUGGAUUAGAGAAAGGGUACAGACCCUUGUGAAGAACAGGGAGUUGCUCGUGAAGGCUUUGGCUCCGCUUGGGGAAGAUGCCGUCAAGGGUGGAGAAGCGGCCAUCUAUCUCUGGGCAAAGCUUCCUGACAAGUUCCCUGAUGAUUAUGAGGUCGUCAAAUGGCUAGUGAGGAAGCACCGCGUGAUCGUCAUUCCUGGGAGUGCCAGCGGCAGUCCAGGCUACGUACGUAUAUCAUUUGGAGGCCUGCAAGUGGCUGACUGUGAGGCUGCUGCCAGUCGAUUGAGGAAGGGUUUGGAAGAGCUGGUGAGGGAUGGCAUGGUUCAGGAACAUAAUGGGCCUGCUGCAAUUGUGUAUUAGAUUUUUCUACAAUAAGCGCCAAGAUAUCGAUCGCCUUCAAGCAGAAAGCGAUGGCACAUAUUGGCGAAAACCAUGCAGACAGCUUCAACUGCUCAGAUUUCAAAAUUACAGUGAUCAUGUUCCAUUUGCCUUGUUGAACUUUGACAAAUAGCAAGACUUUGCCACAACAGUUGGCCACCGCCUUGUUAUAUCUUUUUUUUUUCUCAUUUCAACAAUGAAAAUUGAUGAACACCAGUGAUCAUUUUAGACA